ACGCCAUGUUGAAGUCAUAUGAUCAGGAAAGAGAGAGUUGUCAGUGUGUACUCGACGUUGUCCACUGGCGCUGUAUUGCCCGUUUGGCCUGCUUGGGAUCGAAUUUUUCUCUCACUCGAGCCUGAUCGAGCUUCCACGGAAUCGGCGUCAUGCAGGAAAUACUUUUUAACGUUCAUUCUGGCUAUCUGGAAGGACUCGUCCGGGGUUUCAAGUCUGGAAUACUCCGCCAGGCUGAUUACCUCAACUUGGUGCAAUGCGAAACCCUCGAGGACAUGAAACUGCACUUGCAAUCAACGGAUUAUGGCAAUUUCCUCGCCAACGAGCCUUCGCCCCUGGCCGUGUCAACCAUCGACGAGAAACUGCGCGAAAAACUAGUCAUCGAGUUCCAGCACAUGAGAACUCACGCCACCGAGCCGUUAGCGACUUUCCUCGACUAUAUCACGUACUCGUACAUGAUCGACAACAUUAUACUUCUGAUCACCGGAACUCUCCACCAGCGGCCGAUUUCGGAGUUGAUUUCGAAAUGUCAUCCAUUGGGGUCUUUCGAUCAGAUGGAAGCCAUCAACAUCGCUCAGAACCCCGCGGAGCUCUACAACGCUGUGAUCGUCGACACGCCACUGGCUCCAUUUUUCCAAGAUUGUAUUUCGGAACACGAUCUGGACGAGAUGAACAUCGAAAUCAUCCGUAAUACUCUCUACAAGGCUUAUCUCGAGGCAUUCUACAAAUUCUGCAAGGACAUUGGAGGUACAACCGCCUACAUCAUGUGCGAGAUUCUCGCUCUCGAAGCGGAUCGUCGGGCAUUCACGAUCACGAUUAACUCUUUCGGCACUGAGCUCGAACGAGACGAGCGGAUGAAGCUUUUCCCUCGCUGUGGAAAACUCUACCCAGACGGUUUGAUGGCUCUGGCCAAAGCCGAAGAUUACGAUCAGGUCAAGAUGGUAGCCGAUUUCUAUGGGGAAUACAAGGCGCUGUUUGACGGAGCCGGAAAUCAGAGCGGCGACAAAACCCUAGAAGACAAGUUCUUCGAGUACGAAGUCCAGCUAAACGUGAACUCAUUCAUGCUCCAAUUCCAAUUCGGUGUCUUCUACUCAUACGUCAAACUCAAGGAGCAAGAAGCCCGUAACAUUGUUUGGAUAGCGGAAUGCGUGGCGCAGAGACACCGCUCGAAGAUCGACAAUUACAUUCCAAUUCUUCCUUAGAUUUGUUCUCCUGGCAUCCGGAGCGGUAGCGUCGUAGGACGUGUAUCGAGACAGAAAAAAAAUGACACGGCGAUACACUGGCGGUUCCCAAUAUCGUUUUCAUAGCUGCGUUAUGUUUUGGCGCACAGAGGAGCAAUGUCCAGCGGCAAAGCAGAGCUGACUUGUUUGAUUGACGAACAAUCGGAUCGUUUGGGCUGACUGUUUGACUGGCUGACUGACUGAUGAUUCUGUCUUCAAGAAAUUCGAAUCGUUUUUCUCAUAGCUGUUUUAGUCUUAUACUGAACCAAGUCAUAUCUGGAGACUCGACCCACUCGGGCGAAUACGAUUCCGGUCCGAGAUCAGAUUUCUGAGUGAGGAGAAGAUCGGAAGGAGCGACGAUCCGCUUCGUGUCGCUCGGUCGUUUUAGGAAUCAAGUUCUUCAGUUCUUGUAAAUUUAAGUCAUUGACCGAUGCGCGCGAAAUAAAAGUUGAAGUUUGAUGAUUUAU